UUCUCUAACAUUUAAUCUCUAAACACUUUCCUUUUCAUUUACAUUUUCCCACAAAAUUCUUUUCUUUUCUUUUCUUUUCAUAUUCAAUCAAAUGGCUGCUCCGUUGAGAAUGAUGGAAAUGGUUCUUUUAGUAGUCCUUGUGACUGCAUUCACGGCACGUGUAACGGCUCAAUCUAGUUGUACAAAUGUGAUCAUGGGCAUGGCACCUUGUCUUACGUACAUAACCGGAAAUUCCUCAACCCCAUCAUCUUCCUGUUGUUCACAACUUACUGAUGCGGUUCAAACACAACCAGAGUGCCUUUGCUCAAUCCUUAAUACUGGUGCUGGUGCCGCAUUAGGUCUUGCAAUUAAUCGAACACUAGCUCUUGCUCUUCCUAGUGCUUGUAAUGUUCAAACUCCAUCUAUUGAUCGAUGCAAUGCUGCUAACGGACCUGCAAGUCCUCCGAAAAAUUCUCCGGUUGCUUCUCUUUCACCAGCAGACCCACCUACAGAUACUUCAGAAUCGGAUACACCAACCUCGACUAUUUUUCCUGCAGGAAAUGGAUCUAAAUCUACACCUACCAAGGAUGGAGAUACGUCAGAUGGAAAUAUGACUAACUUGGGAAGCCUUCACCGUUAUCUCCUUGUCUUUCUCUUCGUUGUCUCUUGUACUUUGUUUGAAGUCUGAAUUAUUUGUUUGAUUUCUGUAUUGAAAUGGUGUGUAAUCUUUCAUUAAUAAACAAAUCAAAAUGGUGUGCAAUCAAAGAGGACGACUGUUAGUGCAACUUUUGUGACAGAAAUGGAGUGUAAUUAAUCUGUUGUGUUAGAGCAUCAUCAGUUACAUAAUAUUCUAGAACUCUAUAUACAUAGAAUGUCUUGUAUUCUAGAAAAAAGAUUAUAUUAGGAAAUACUUGUAUUCCAAGUCUUUACACGUUUAGAAUUCUACAAAGCCUCUUUGUAUAAAUAGGUUGUUAAGGCUUUGCAAUAUUGUACUGU